CACCACUCCAGAGCCCACACAAACCAGAGCCACCAGGGCCAGGACGGCUUCCUCCCCGUCCGGGCCAGAACCCGCAGCAGUGACCAGCGUGGCCCAAAUGGCCCCGACAUGGGUCUCCUCGACAGCUCUGCCCAGCCUGGGCAUCUCGGCCACCACGGCCUCGGGAGCCACCACCUGGCCGGCCACACCUCCUGUUCCCGGCUCCUUGCCCUCAGUGAGCAGCCCUGUGUCCAGCACAGCCUCCGAGCCAUUCUUUGCCCCCAGCACUGCGACUGUGCAGCAGAGCACCUCUGCCAGCCCCCCACCAAUCACCAGGGCCACCGACUCCCCUCCCAGUGACUCAUCCACCGCGUGGACACGUAGCCUAUCCUCCACACUCGCUUCCACCAGGCAAAGUUUCCAAUCCACAGGAACCAAAAGCAUUGCGGAGCUCAACUCAUGGCUACCCAGUGAAGCUGCACGUGGAAGCACCAUGCAACCCAUCGAGGGACCUCUGGCACCUACAGAGCCUGCUAGUCCCAAAGGACUUUCCACAGGAGGAACUGAAAGAGCAGAGACCACUACUAUGGCUCUGAAGACCACUUCCACAGCCACUGUGACCACCACAGUCUCCAUUCCCACCUUGAGAACACUCAUUGUCCCAACAUCAGCCAGUACAAGUCCAAAAGGAAUGAUCAUUACAACCUCAACUGUUUCUCCUGCUGUUCCAGAGAUGACAGCCUCAUUGGCCACUCGUCUUAGAGAAGAUACCAGCAUAAUAGUUUCCAAGGAAACUCCAUCUUCCUUCAGUAGAGAAUCAGAGACCACUACCUUGGUGGUCCCCAGUUCUGGGGCAGAGACCAGGCCAGCUACUCAAGCUCUGACUGCUUCCUCUGGUGAGUCAGGCACAGUGGACUCACUGAUCACUCACCCUGCAGAGACAAGAACGCCUGUUUCCAGAACAACCUCCGAAUUUCCACGUUCUGAAUCGGAUGCCACACUCUCAGUGGACAACAGUCCUAGGACAGAAACCAGUCCAGCCAUUCCAACAACUGCUGUCUCAUCUGACAUCCCAGGGUUGACAACCUCACUGGUCACUACUUCUAGGACAGACACUGGCUCAACUAAACCAACUCUGACUCCUCCCGAUGAACAAGAGAGCACAACCUCCUUGGUGACUGAUCUUGGAGCACAAGGUUCAGCCAUUCCAAGUCCAACUAGCUCACCUGGCAUGUCAGAGAUGGUGACAACACUGGUUAGUAGUUCUGAGACAGAGACAAGUACAAGCAGCCAAAUUCCGACUGUCUCUCCAAAUCAGAUGGAUAUCACAGCUUCAAGGGUCACCCAAUCUGGAACAAAAGUCAGUUCAGCGCUUCCAACUUGGACUAUUUUGUCUGGCGGGUCACAUGCAACAACUUCGUGGGUUACUCAUUCUGUAGAGACCAGCUCAGCAGUUCCCAGAACAGCCCCAGGUUUUCCCCAUAGUGAAUCCAAUACCACAUCCCUAACAACCACCAGUCCUGUGGAAGAAACCAGUUCAGCUGUCUCCUCUUCCACUCUUUCACCCGAUGGAACAAAUAUGGUGACCUUAUUGGUCACUAGUUCCAGAAGAGCAACCAGUACAAGUAUUCCAAAUCCAACUAGUUCUGCUGGUGCAUCAGAGACCACAUCCUCAUUGGUUACCCAUCCUGGGCCACAGACUAGUUCAGCCAUUCCAACUCUAACUGUCUCUCCUAGUGUACCAGGAACAAUGACUUCAUCAGUCACUAGUUCUAGAAAAAAGAAUAGUAUGGUUCCAAUCCUGACUGUUUCCCCAGGGCCACCAGAGACCACAGCCUCAUGGGUCACUCAUCCUGAGUCAGAAGCCAGUUCUUCUGUUCCAACCCUGACUGUUUCAGCAAGUGAGCUGUAUACAACAGCUUCACUGGUCUCCCAUCCUACAGAGACCAAGUCAGCUGUUCCCAAAACAACCCUAAGUUUUUCCCAUAGUGAAUCCAAUGCCACACCCUUAACAGCCAUCAGUCCUGAAGAAGAAGUCAGGUCAUCUGUCUCAAGUUCUACUGUUUUACCUGAGGUCCCAGGAGUAAUGACUUCGCUGGUGACUAGAUCUACAACAGUGGUUAGUACAAGUACUCCAACUGUGGCUCUUUCUUCUUCUAGAUCAAGUAUUACAUCUUCAAGGGUCACCCAUUCUGGGGCAGAUUCCAGUUCAGCUGUUUCAACUCUGUCUAUUUCAACUGCUGAGCCAGAUACAACAGCCUCAUCAGUCCCUCUUCCUGCAGGGACCAGCCCAACAAUUCCCAGGACAACCCCUAAAUUUUUCCAUACUGAAUCCAAUACCAUACCUUUAACAGCCACCAGUCCUGGGGAAGAAGCCAGUUCAGCUGUCUCAACUUCUGGUGUAGGGUUGCUGACUUCACUGGUCACUAGUGCUGGAACAGACCCCAGUAUGUUUCCAACUCUCACUGUUCUCUCAGGCCAACAGCAGACCACAGACUCACGGGUAACCCAUCCUAGAUCAGAAGCCAGUUCUUCCACUCCAACUUUGUCUGUCUUUCCUGGUGAGCCAGAUACAACUUUCCCCUUGGUCACCCAUUCUGCAGAGACCAGCUCGACUGUUUUCAUGAAAAGCCCGAGUUUUUCCCCUAGUGAAACACACUCCACAACCCCAACAGUCACCAUUCCUGGGACAGAAUCUAAUUCAGCUGUUUCAACUACAACUAUCUUGUCUGGUGUUCCAGAUAUGGUGACUUCACAGGUCCCUACUUCUGGAAUAGAUGCCAAAACAAGUAAACCAACUCUGACUCCUUCUGAACCAGCAAUCACAACCACAUUGGUCACCUCUGCUGGGACACAGACAAGUUCAACCAUUCCAACUCUGGCUGUCUCCCCGGGCAUAUCAGAGAUGACCUCACUGGUCACUAGCUCCGAGACAGAAACAAGUACAACAACUCCAAUUCUCACUGUUUCCCCAGAUCAACUGGAUACAACAGCCUCAUGGAUGACCCAUCCUGGGUCAGCUGCAAGUUCAGAUUUUCCAACUCUGUCCAUUGCCUCUGGUGAGCCAGAUACAACAGCCUCAUGGGUCAUUCAUCCUGCAGCAAUCAGCCUACCAGUUUCCAGGACAAUCCUCUAUUUUCCCCAUAGUAUAUCAGACACCACACCCUCAAUGACUACCAGUCCUGAGGCAGAAGCCAGUUCAGCUGUUCCCACUCCCAGCAUUUCACCUGAGGUACCAGGGGCAGUGACCUCAUUAGUCACGAGUUCUAAAACUGUGAUCAGUACAAGUACUUCAGCUUUGACUCAUUCUUCUGGUGAACCAGAAACCACAGCCUUAUUAGUCACCCAUCCUGAGCCACGUUCAUCCCUUCCAACUGUAGCUGUUUCCUCUAGUGUACCAGGGAUAGUGACCACAUUAGUCACAGAGACAAGCACAACUUAUCCAAAGUUGACCAAUUACUCACAAGAACCAAAGACUACAGCCUCAAGGGUCACCCAUUCUGGGUCAGAAGCCAGUCCAACUAUUUCAACUCUGACUGUUUUCCCUGGUGAGCCAGAUACAAUGGUUUCAUUGGUCACUCAUUCUUCAGAGACUAGGACACCUGUUUCCAGAACAGCCCCAGAGUUUCCCCAGAGCAAAUCACACUUCACAUCCUCAAUGGCUACCAGCCCUGGGGCAAAAACCAGUUUACCUGUUCCAACUACAAUGAUCUCACCUGGUAUACCAGGUACAGUGACCUCACAGGUUACUAAUUCUGGGACAGACACAAGUACGGCUACUUCAACUCUGACUCCUUCUCCUGAUGAAACAAAGAUCACAGCUUCUGCAGUCACCUAUCCCGGGGCACAGAGCAGUCCUGCUGUUCCAACUCUUACUGUUUUCUCUGGUGAACCAGCUACAACCUCAUCGGUCACUCAUUCUUCAAAAACCAGUACACCUGUUUCUAGAACAAUCUCCGGUUUUUUGCAUGGUGAAUCAGAUACCACACUCUCAAUGGCCAGCAGUCCUAGGCCAGAAUCCAGUUUGCCUGUGCCAACAACGAAUGUCUCACCUGGGGAACCAGAUGUGGUAACCUCACAGGUCACUACUGGGCCACCAACUGGUACAACAAUUCCAACUAUGACUGUAUCUCCUAGUGAAACAGAAACCACGGCCUUAAUGAUCACCCACCCCAGUGCAGAGACAAGUACAAAUUUUCCUGUUUCAACUAUUUUUCCUCCUGUGUUGGAGACCAUGGCCUCACCAUCUGUCAGACCUGAGGUGGAGAUUAGCACAGCUCUUCCAACUCAGACUGCUUCCCCUGGUGGACCAGAGAUAGCAACUUCUCUCUUCACCUCUGCUGUGACUGAGCUGGGUAGAGUUGAUCUAGGUCCAACAGCUUCACCUGGUAUUCCUGUGGAAACAGCUUCAUUGUCUGCUCAUCCUGGGACAGAGACCAGCACAAGGACUCCAACUGCAACCCUUUUCUCUGGUCGAUCAGAGGCCACAAGUUUAUGGGUCACCAGCCCUGCACUAGAGGCCAGCACAGGCAUUCCAACUCUGACUGUUCCCCCCAGUAUCCCUUGGCUUUCCAGUGCCCCUACAACAACAGGUAAGCCUAAGGCCAUAACUUCCUGGAGCACAGAAACUCCACCACCUGCAACAUCAGCUGGACUCCUAGACUUUUCCAAAACUGUUGCAGGCCCCACUAUGACCCUGAUAACAUCGGAGACCCCAACACUACCUACAACCAGUCACAGAGAAGGAGUGAGUCCAACCACUAUGUUGAAAACUACAACUGUGGAGACCACUCAUUUAGCUGCCACAGGUUCAAGUCCCACCACAGCUGAGAUCACAAGCAACUUCAGUAUUACAAUAGCCAGAAGUCCAUUUGCCUCAGAGACCACACCUGGGAUGUAUACUUUGGCUUCUGAGACUGUGACUUCAGGAACAAAAUCCCCCACACCCAUGACCCCUACUCUCAGCUCUACAGCUGUAGGAGUCAGCCCAGUCCUGGUGCCUUUCACACUCAACUUCACAAUCACCAACCUGCAUUACACUCCAGACAUGGGGCACCCUGGCUCCUUGAACUUCAACUUCACGGAGAAGGUCUUGAUCCACCUGCUCGAGCCCUUGUUCAAGAACACCAGCAUCGGCACUGGCUACUCGGGCUGUAGAUUGACCUUGCUCAGAAGUAAGAAGAAUGAGGCAGCCACUGGAGUGGAUGCUGUCUGCACCUACCAACCUUAUCCCAAGGGCCCAGCUCUAGACAGAGAACAAUUGUACCAAGAGCUGAGUCAGCUGACCCACGGUGUCACCAGGCUGGGCUCCUAUGCCCUAGACAGAGACAGCCUCUAUAUCAACGGUUAUAACCACCAGUACUGGAUCCCUACUACCAGCAGUGCAAAUCUGCCUCUGGUACCCUUCACCCUCAACUUCACUAUCACCAACCUGCAUCACGAGAAGGACAUGGGGCGCCCAGGAUCUGAGAUAUUCAACACCACAGAGAGGAUCUUUAGCCACCUGCUGAAAUCCUUAUUUCAGAAGAGCAGUAUUGGGCCCCUGUAUUCUGGCUGCAGACUGAUCCUGCUGAGGCCUGAGAAAGACAGAACAGCCACCGGAGUGGAUGCUGUCUGCACUCACCAUCCUGAUCCCAUGGGCCAUGAGCUGGAUAGGAAGAAGCUGUACUGGGAGCUGAGCCAUGAGACCCAUGGUGUCACUGAGCUGGGCUCCUACACCCUAGACAAGGACAGUCUCUACGUCAAUGGUUAUACCUUUCGAGCUUCUACUCCCACUCCUAGCAAUGCUGUGACCUCUACACUCUCACCAUGGACCCCUGCAGUACAAGACCACUUCAUGAGCUCCACAGGAGAGGCCCCUUUUCUGAUGCACUUCACCCUCAACUUCACCAUCACCAACCUGGAAUUCAAGGAGAACAUGGAGCACCCGGGUUCCAGGAGGUUCAACAGCACUGAGACAAUCCUGCAGAAGCUGCUCCAACCCUUGUUCCAGAAGAGCAGUCUGGGAUCCCGCUAUGCAGGCUGCAGACUGACCUCACUCAGGCCCGAGAGGGAUGGAGCAGCCACGAGAGUGGACGCUGUCUGCUCACAUCACCCUGGACCUGAAGGCUUCAGACUGGACAGAGAGCGGCUAUACUGGGAGCUGAGCCAGAUGACCCACGGUGUCUCCCUCCUGGACCGCUACACCCUGGACAGGGACAGUCUCUAUGUCAAUGGAUUCACUCAUCAGGGCUCUGCACUCCUCACCAGCACUCCUGGGACCUCCACACUGGACCUGGGAACCUCUGGGGCUCCUUUCUCCACCUCCAUCCCCACAACCAUGAGCCCUACUCUGGUGCCCUUUACCAUCAACCUCACCAUCACGAACUUGCAGUUCAUGCCGGGUAUGGACCGUCCAGGAUCCCUCAGGUUCAACAAAACCGAGGCCAUCUUGCAGCACCUGCUUGGGCCUCUGAUGAAGAACACCAGUAUCAGCCCACUCUUCUCUGGCUGCAGUCUGACCUCGCUCAGGCCUGAGCAGGACGGAUCAGCCACCAGAGUGGACCUCAUCUGCACCCAUCGCUCCAAGCCCACAGGCUCUGGGGUGGACAGAGAGCGGCUGUACUGGGAGCUGAGCAGUGAGACCCACAGUGCGACCCGGCUGGGCCCCUACAGCCUGGACAGGAACAUUUCUGUGGCCUCUACCUGGAUCUCAUCAACAUCGGCCACCCCUGUCUCCGUGUCCACAGCAGCCAUCCCUCUCCUGGUGCCAUUCACCAUCAACUUUACCAUCCUCAACCUGCUGUAUGAGGAGGACAUGAGUCACCCUGGGUCCCAGAAGUUUAACUUCACUGAGAGAGUCCUGCAGAAAUUGCUCCAACCCUUGUUGAAGAACAGCAGUGUGGGAGCCCUCUAUGCAGGCUGCAGGCUGACUUCUCUCAGGCCUGAGCAGGACGGAUCAGCCACCAGAGUGGACCUCAUCUGCACCCAUCGCUCCAAGCCCACAGGCUCUGGGGUGGACAGAGAGCGGCUGUACUGGGAGCUGAGCAGUGAGACCCACAGUGCGACCCGGCUGGGCCCCUACAGCCUGGACAGGAACAGCCUUGAUGUCAACGGUUACACCCAUCGGUACCUGCCCUCCACCCCGAGCACGGCUGGUCCCAUCCUGGCACCGUUCACCAUCAACUUUACCAUCCUCAACCUGGAGUAUGAGAAGGACAUGCAUGAGACUGGCUCUCAGACGUUUAACUUCACGGACAGAGUCCUGCAAAAAGCGCUCCGGCGCUUGUUCAAGAACACAACUAUCAGCCCCCUCUACUCUGGCUGCAGACUGACCUUGCUCAGGCCUGAGAAGGAUGGGUCAGCCACAGGAGUGGACAUAGUCUGCACCUAUCAUCCUGAACCUAUGGGCCUCAAGCUGGACAGAGAACAGCUGUACUGGGAGCUGAGCCAGCUGACCCAUGAGGUCACCCAUCUGGGCCACUACAGCCUGGAAAAAAACAGUCUGUAUGUUGACGGAUACACCAACAGGACUGUGGUAGCUACCCCUAGUGGACCAGCCCUAGUGCCCUUCACCCUCAACUUUACCAUCACCAACCUGCCAUAUGAGGAAGACAUGCAGCCUGGAGAGUCCGGGAGAUUCAGUACCAUGGAGAAGGUCCUGCAGGACCUGCUCAGGCCCUUGUUCAAGAACACUACUGUUGGCUCCUUGUUCUCUGCAUGCACACUGACCUUGCUGAGGUCUGAGAAGGGAGGGUCAGCCACAGGUGUGGACACAGUCUGUACCUAUCAUCCUGGCCCUGUGGGCCCCACACUGGACAGAAAGCAGCUGUACCAGGAGCUGAUUCAGCUGACCCAUAAUGUCACCCAGCUGGGCAGCUACACCCUGGACCAGAACAGCCUCUAUAUCAACGGUUACACCCACCAGACUGCAGGAACUACACCCAGUGCCACUGAACCACCCUUGGUGCCUUUCACCCUCAACUUCACCAUCACCAACCUGCCCUAUGAAGAGGACAUGUGGCCUCCAGGGUCCUGGAGGUUUAAUAACACAGAGAAAGGCCUGCAGGACCUGCUCAAGCCCUUGUUCAAGAACACUGCUGUUGCCUCCCUGUACUCUGGCUGCAGACUGAUCCUGCUCAGGCCCAAGAAGGACAAGGCAUCCACUGGAGUAGAUAUGGUUUGCACCUACCACUCCGACCCUGCAGGCCCUGGACUGGACAGAGAGCAGUUACACUGGGAGCUGAGGCAGGGGACCCAUGGGGUCACCCAGCUGGGUCCUUACACCCUGGACCAGGACAGCCUCUACAUCAAUGGUUAUAACCAACUGACCCUGACAACUACCUCCAGCACAGCUGUGACCACCAUGUCCAUCCCAGCAUCUUCUCUGGCUUCGCCCCCCACAAGCAGGCCCACAGCCAAUGUUUCUACCACUAUACUGGUCACACUCAACUUCACCAUCACCAACAUGUACUACACAGAGGAAAUGGGAAACCCGGGUUCCUUGAAGUUUAACUUCACUGAGAGGAUCCUUCAGCGCCAGCUCGGGUUUUUGCUUAAUGAGACCAGUGUUGGACCACUCUACACUGGCUGCCAACUGGUUGCACUCAGGCGUGAGAACAGUGGGACAGCCAUAGGAGUGAAUAUCAUCUGUACCUUCCACUCUGACUCUCUGGGGCCUGGGCUGGACAGAGAGAAGCUGUACAGGGAGCUGAGUCGUGAAACCCAUGGUGUCACCCAGCUGGGUCACUACACCCUGGACCACAGCAGUCUCUACGUCAAUGGUUAUACGUUUGGGGGCACAGCCACAACUCCCACCACCGAGGUCCAUGAGGAGCUGUUCACCGUGAACUUCACCAUCAACAACCUUCGCUACGCAGUGGACAUGGGUCACCCUGGCUCCCUCAAGUUCAACAUCACAGACACAGUCAUGGAGCACCUGCUCAGCCCUUUGCUCCGGAGGAGUAGUCUGGGUGCUCGGUACACGGGAUGCAGGCUCACCACACUGAGGUCUGUGAAUAAUGGUGCCCAGACACAGGUGGACAUCCUCUGCACCUACCAACGGUCCCGCAGCAGCCCAGGCCUGUCUGUCAAGCAGGUGUUCCAUGAGCUGAGCAGGCAGACCCAGGGCAUCACCCGACUGGGUCCCUACUCUCUAGACAAAGACAGCCUCUACCUCAACAGUUAUAAUGAACCUGGUCCAAAGGAGCCUCCCACAACUCCUGAGCCAAACACCACAUUCAUGCCAUUGUCAACAUCUGUGCAGCCAGAAACCACAACAGCCAUGGGCCACCACCUGAAGACCCUCACCCUCAACUUCACCAUCUCCAACCUCAAGUAUUCACCAGAUAUGAGCAAUGGAUCAGCCAAGUUCAACUCCACUGACAGGGUCCUGCAGUACCUGCUUGAAUCCUUAUUCCAGAAGACCGUCCUGGGCCCUUUCUACUCAGGUUGUAGGCUAACCUCCCUCAGGCCUGAGAAGGACAGAGAAGCCACUGGUGUGGAUGUAAUCUGCACCUAUGGCCCUGACCCCAUGGGUUCCGGGCUGGACAGCAAGCAGCUGUACUGGGAGCUGAGCCAGCUGACCCAUGGCAUCACUCAGCUGGGCAAGUACUCCCUAGACCAGGACAGCCUCUACAUCAAUGGUUACACACACCGGACUGCAGUAACAACCUCCAGUGGCUAUGUAACCCAGAAUGGAACCAUCUGGAGUGAGUACCAGCUAAGUUUCCACAUCCUCAACUGGAACCUCAGCAACCCAGGCCCCACAUCCUCAGAGUACACUGCCUUGCUGAGAGAUAUUGAGGACAAGGUCACCACACUCUUUACAGGCAGCCAGCUACAAGAUGCCUUCCAAUCCUGCCUGGUUACCAAUUUGACGUUAGACUCCAAGUUGGUCACUAUCAAGUUAUUUUUCUCCACCUAUCUGAAUGCCAACCUUGUGAAGCAAGUUUUUCUAAAUAAGACUUUGAAUGCUUCGACCCACUGGCUGGGUGCCACCUACCAGUUGACGGACCUACAUGUAAUGGAAGUGAAGCCAUCCAUUCCUCUACCAACAGAAAUGCCACCAGACACUUCCAGUUCCCAACAAUUUCAGUUGAAUUUCACCAUCACCAACCUACCCUAUUCCCAGGACACAGCCCACCCAGACACUACCCAAUAUCAUCAUAACAAAAGAAGCAUUGAGAAUGCGCUCAACCAGCUUUUCCGAAACAGCAGCAUCAAGAGCUAUUUUUCAGACUGUCAAGUUUUAGCAUUCAGAUCUGUCUCUCACAUCAACCACACUGGGGUUGACUCCAUAUGCAACUUCUCACCCUUGGCUCGGAGUCUGGACAGAGUUGCCAUCUAUGAGGAAUUCCUGCGAUUGACCCAGAAUGGUACCCAGUUGCAGAACUUCACUCUAGACAAGAACAGUGUCUUUGUGGAUGGGUAUUCUCCACACAAAAAUGACGCUGUGAUUAGAAACUCCGAUCUCCCUUUCUGGGCCAUCAUCCUCAUCUGCUUGGCGGGACUCCUGGCCCUCAUCACCUGCCUGCUCUGCUGCUAUCUGGUGAUUGUCUGCCGACGGAAGAAGGAGGGAGACUACCAGGUCCAGCACCACCGCCUGGGCUAUUACUUCCCACACUUGGACCUGAGGAAGCUGCAAUGACCCCGUCUGCCAGGGGGUUCUUUUAUCCUACCCUGGGUCCAAAGAAGAAAUAAACCACAUUGGACAGA